CGGCAUUCCGACUGUCGGCGGCUGUUAUUGAGCAAUUAUGGCCUGGGCAGAUCUUUUGCCAAGUCAAGUCGAAAUAAGAAAGUCACAGGAGCUAGUCUCAUUCCGUCAUCAUAUGGAUGACAUUAUUUCAACCUUGACAUCCCACAAUGGAGCCAGUAGAGGUACCUGUACCGAGAUACGACUUUUAUCAAACUCCACUCCAGCUCAUUUUAUCGCUUUACGUCAAAGGGUAUGGAGCGGCAGAUGUGUCAGACAAGGUGGAUGUGGUGUUCAGGGAAAGAGAGAUCAUCAUUGAUUUACCGGCUCUAGGAGGUGCCAACACGGAUCAGCAACAACAACGCAUAACAUUGAAGCCAUUGUCAGCCAGUAUCCUCCCUGAUCAAUCGACCAGUAGGGUCCUAUCCUCCAAGAUUGAGCUCAAACUCGCCAAAGUCGUCCCUGAAAAUUGGAUCUCCCUACUCUAUUCUCCAGAUUCCACACCUCUCAAUCCUUUGUCGGCAAAUCAGGUCCAGACCCCAGGCCUGAACGGAGAAGCGACAGGUUCGAGCGCCGAGACACGUCCAGUCAAGCCGGAUGUAAUGCCAGCCACGACCUCAGCACCAGUACCGAAUGUCAAGGCGAGGAAGAACUGGGAUAAAGUCGUGGAAGAGGAUGAUGAAGGAGCGAAAGAUCCCAAUGAAGGCGGUGACGCUGCGCUCAAAGAAUUCUUUGCCAAGAUUUACGGCGACGCCGAUGAUGACACCAAACGAGCGAUGAUCAAGAGUUAUACAGAGAGUGGAGGCACGGCCCUGAGUACGAAUUGGAACCAGAUUGGGAAGGAAACGACACCGAUCCGUCCGCCUGAAGGAAUGGAAGCGAGGCGAUAUAAUUAGACAUCAUUGCAGAGAGAUGAGUCUGGCGACACUGUAGCAUAUCAUCCAUGAGCUGUGGUCCACGACCGGGAUACAAGCAGCGAACGAUGCCACUGUAUGUAUACAUUUCAUCCCCGCUGCCUACUGUCGUUGUUCCGGCCGUAGGCGGCGGCCCACCGGCGGGAAAAAAGGCGGAGACCCCGAAGAGUCGGGAUGGU